AUGGCAAGGGAAACGCAGGCCUUGGUUUCGUUCCAGGUCCUGGUGAUUGGCAGUCGUGGGGCGGGCAAAUCUACCCUGUUGCGCGCCGCCUUGAAUGAUGCCGCAGAUGGAGCUGCCUACGAGGAACUUGCGGAUGGAGUGCAGACGCGGAAGAUUGCGUGCCAACACAAUGCCUUUUCAGCAGUGGUUGAUUUCAUCGAGUUUCCUGCAGAUGAGAGAUAUGUAGCUCUGCUGCCAUAUUUUGGCUGCUCAGCUGCGGCUGUGGCGUUGGUUGUGAACAUCUCGGAUCCGAACGGUUACCCUGACCUUUGCAGCCGGCUGGCAGCUUUGGGCUCGCCUCCGCCCUGCGGUCUCCUUGCAGUGCAAGGCUCUUUGCCUGCCAGUGUGGCCUCCGGCGAGGAGCGAAAGCGCUUGGAACCUUUGCGGGACGUGGCCACUCGCUGGGGGCUCAAGUUCUUGCGCUUCGAGAGCUUGGAGCAGCUUGGGCGUGCACGACUCCUGCACGCUGUGUGCGACCUGGUGCUGGGCGACGUGCCAGAGGGCGCGGAUGCGAUGCACCUGCUGGGCCGCAGAGUGACCCGAGGGAAGGCUCUGUAG